AAGUGGGAGAGAAGAAACUAUCAAGAACACACAUUGAUCAUAACCAAAGCAGCCAAAAAAUGGAUGGAGGUAACCCAAGAUGUCCGUUAUCUCAUCCAACUAACCCUCACACCCUCUCUAAAUCCGGCCAAAUCACCAAGUUUGGUUGUUUUACAUGCGGUAAAAAAGCACCGCUCAGCAAAAGAGACCGUCGCUUCUCUUACUACUGCAUCACCUGUGAUGUGAGUUUCCACAAAGGAUGUCACAUUUUUCCGAGGAAGUUAACACAUCCUUAUCACCUUCAGCACCCUCUUACUUUCACCUUUCCGGAUUAUGAAAGCGGGAUCACAUCCGACAGCUUCGAUUAUGAAACCUAUCGCACUGCAGUAAAGUGUCACUCUCAAUUCAUCAUCACAUAUAGUCUUAAGAAGCCUGGAUCUAUAGAAUGCUCAUGGUGCGGCAAAAAUAUCGAAGACGAUUGUUUCUAUCGUUGUUCUAUAUGUAACUUCUAUUUGGAUCUCUCUUGCUCCCAAAGUAUUCCACUUCUCCUCGUUGCAAACCCAAAGAGUCAUCAGCAUCCACUCGUGUUCUACAGGCGACCACUCUUGACUCCAUGUGAUGCGUGUGGGUUAGUCAAUGUGUUGGAUCCAAGCUAUGCUUGUUUUCAAUGUAAUUAUAUGGUCCAUCAAAGUUGCAUAGACUUACCUCGAGUCAUAAAGAUCACGCGUCAUCGGCAUCGUCUUUCUCACAUUCCUUGCGUCCAAUCUCCGGUUUCACCAUGUGGGGUAUGCUAUCAGAAAGUUGAAAACAAGUACGGCCUAUAUUCUUGCAACCGCUACGAAGAUCACUCUUAUGUAGUGCAUUCGAAAUGUGCCACGCAUGAAAAUAUAUGGGACGGGAAAGAACUCGAAUGGGAACCUGAGGAACCCGAAAACAUUGAAGAUAUCCUCCCAUUUAAGAAGGUUGGUACUGAUAUGAUAAAGUAUUUCUCGCAUGAACAUAAUCUGAAGCUCGAGAAGUAUGAUGCUGUUCGUGAUGCAGAGAAGCUAUGUCAAGCAUGCGUCUGUCCUAUCAACUCUCGUGAUUUCUACAAUUGCAUCCACUGUGAUUUUUUUCUCCACGAGGUAUGUGCUGGUCUUCUUCGAAAAUUGGAUCAUGCGUUGCACAAACACACUCUUAUCCUAGACCCAUAUCCUCGAGACAGUUAUUAUCUCUUGGACUGUCCCAUUUGUUCCAGAGGAUCCACUGGUUUCAGGUACAUAUGUUCCAUAAGUAAUUGUAAUUCCCAUCGAAUUGGCAUAGAUAUUCGAUGUAUUUUAGUUCCAGAUCAUUUCACUCACGAGAGUCAUGAACAUCCUCUAUUUAUCUCCACAUCCUUCAAAGCAGAAAUUCGUUGCCAGGGUUGUCAGAAGGAGUGCAUGCAGUCUUACCUGCAGUGUACUAUAUGCAUAUUUAUCAUGUGUUAUAAAUGCGCUACAAUUCCAACGGAAGUUAGCUACAAACACGACAAGCAUCCUCUUUCUCUAUGCUAUGGAGAGAAAGCAGAUGAUACGUACUGGUGUGAACUAUGUGAGAAAGAGGUUAAUCCAAGGAAUUGGUUCUACACAUGCAACAUAUGUUGUAUCACUAUCCACCUUCAUUGCAUCUUCGGAUCUUCUAGUUAUAUGAAGCCUGGUUCCAUAUUUGAUUACAACUAUUCCAAAUUGGAAGUUCUUCGCAACAGUAACAGCACUCGACCGCAAUGCACCCGAUGUGGUGAUCGUUGUCCAGGUUACAUCUACUUCAAACGCAAACGCGAUAAACACCCUGUAACGUUUUCCUGUUCUGUGCAAUGUUUAGAGGGAGGAUGAUGGUGUUGUAGACAUAAUGAACUUUCUUUGUGUUUAUUAAAGUUGUUUGUUUAUAUCUUUGUGUGUGUGUGUCUUUUUUUCAAAGAAAUCCGGAAACUUGUAUCGCCACCACUUCUAAAGAAUGAAAUAUCUUUGUAUUUGAUGAUUUAUCCAUCCCUUUUUUCAUUCGAUAUAAUUUC